AGAUAAAAUUCUAGGGGACCUGAGACCACACCAUGGAAGAGGAGCUGCCCGCCCUGUUGGACACCCUAUGGAACGAGACCAUCUAUCGUAAGACCUUCCAGCACGGGCGUGCGAUGACCUCCACGUGGUGCAUCCUGUUCGGCGCUGUCUUCCUCCUCGGAUUCGUGGGGAAUCUCUUGGUGAUGAUAGUGAUCGUCAGGACACGGCACAUGCACAAUUCGCCUUACUUCUUCAUUUUCAACCUGGCCCUUGCGGAUUUCCUUGCCAUCGUGUUUUGCGUCCCUGGGAAUCUCCUCAGCAACAUCCUUAAUACAUGGGUACUCGGUCUGUUCAUGUGCAAGGCAUUCAACUACAUACAGCAGGUGUGCAUGAACGUAAGCGCCUACACGCUCCUGGCGAUGUCGGUGGAGCGCUACAUCGUGAUGCGCAGGGAUAGCUCCUUCCAGCGGAUCACGAAUACGUCCGGGAGGAUCAUCCUGGCAUGCAUCUGGGUCUUUUCCCUCGCCGUCAGUAUUCCGUCUGCUGUCUACGCCAUUCUUCAUGAGAGCCAGUUCUGCAUUGAGCAAUGGCCGUCAGAGAAAAUAUGGAUGAUAUACGUUAUCUUCGCCCGCCUCAUCAUGAGCUAUCCCUUCCCUAUGGUUAUGAUGAUCAUUUUCCACUUAUGGAUCUGGCUCAAAUUCCAUCGCCAGGUCGUGGGCAAGCGGAUCGACCCGAAAGAGCUAAUCCACCUGAAUAACUGGUGCGAGUGGGAGAAGAUGAUCCUGGUGAUGGUCUGCGUCUUUCUAGUCUUCUGGGCUCCCUUAGUCAUCGCAUCUCUCAUACUGAAAUUGUCCUCUGAUUUCUCCCAUGGCGAGAUCUACCCGGUCAACUACGUCCUAUUGGUGACCUUUUGGCUGACUAACCUCACCUAUUGCGUCUACCCCAUCAUUUACGUAUUUUUCAAGCGAAACUUCCACGAAGGUUGCAAUCAUCCUCAGGACGAGCUUCUUACCGCUGAAAAUGAACUGCGACAGAUGGUCCCUCCUCCCACCCAACUCCCACCGUCGGUUCCGUUCCACAAAGAGGACCCAUCGUAACACCAGCAUCCACCACAGAUCCCUGAAGUCGAAGCUACUGCCUCUCCCUCUCGAGCCACUGACUCACUUUUAACUGUCAAGUGCGACUGCUCUCCCGAUAAGGUCUGGUACCUGAACGAGUUAUCCUGUUUCCUCUAGGAACAGGCGUCAGCGUUUGUGGGUGAACAAGUUGGCUUCCAGGCAGUGGAGGCACAGCGACGAUAUUGCGAACAAGCAUCCCUGACAUCGGAUUCUAUGGGCAAAAAUGACAUUCGAUUUGCAAAGAAGAUUGCUCAAUCCUGGGCCUGUUUCUCGCCUUUGCUGAAAGUAAUGAUCUAAAUAUAAAUUUUAUCUUGGCC